AUGGUUAUUACAAUACGAAACCGCCUUCACAAAAAGGAAUUUUCUAUUCACAAAGACACAGUCAACAACACCGCAGCCACACUUGCAGCCGAAUUGACAGAUCCACAUGCUCCUUCAUCUGACAAGGAAAAGACCUUAACGCCCGUCUCUACCGGCUCCAUCAACAGCAUGAAAAGCCGGAGCCCUGCCACCUACAAAUCGACCCUCGCCAGGUCCAGCACAAUUCGAAGUGUACGCAGCUUCGACGGCUCCGAAUCCAGUCCCGAAAGCAAACAUAGCACUUUCUCCAGCAGUGUGAACAGUAGCACAAGUGGAGUCUCCCACUCCAACUCCAAUCCCGAUCUCAACAACCACACACAAACACCCGUCAAAACCAAGCCCGAGGCCAACAACACGGACGCAACAACUCCCUCGCGCUGGAGCACCGGCGCAGCGCGCGUAGUAGAGCCAACACCAGAUCAAGAAACCUCCACCAUGACAGAAGGCAUCGAAGCUGUAGACGGUCAAUGGGACUCGACAAUAGGCAAGGCCGGCCUGGGCAAAACCGGCCGCGUGAUAAAUAAGCUCGUCAGCGACAAUGAGGCUCUCAAGCGCGACAUCAAAAUCGAGCGCCUAAAAGCUGAAGAAGCCAAGCAAGCCGCAAAGUUAAUAGAGGACAAGCUUGACCGUAUGGUCAGUGAUUAUGAAAGUCGACUCCUCGAGGCCAAUGUCACAAAGACACUGCUCUCUCGAAAAGAACGCCAAGUCGAGACGUUACAAGCGACUGUCGAACUCGAAAAGAAGAAGGCUGCAGACGCUCUGCUACGCGAGAAGAGCUGGAGAGAUGAGAUGACCAAGACGACAAAAGACGCAACAAUCCAGGUCGAAGAAGCAACCAAUUAUGCACAGCUGAUGGAGGGACGCUACAACGCCAUUUCCUCCCACUGGCAAGAUCAAGGCGAGGAGGUCAAGAAAGCGGUUUCCAAGAUGAAGUCUGAGAUAGAUCAUCUCAACGAAGAGCGACGAUCAGACGACGAUAAGAUCCAGACACUAAGGGAUCUCUGUGACCAGCAAGACGGCAAUAUUAAGCAGCUACGACACGAGAAAGAAGAGAUCGCUCGCAUGUUUGAAGAAUACAAGAAGACGCAAGAGCAAGACCUUAAGGAUAUCAAAACCAAUGCCAGAAAGAGAGAAGAUGAGCAAGAAGCCUUAUUAUUGGCGUCCAAAGAAACUCUCGACAAGCUCAAAUGGGCACUAAACGUUAAGAAAAACGUCAAAGGCGCACAAUGA